CCGCUCAAUUCCUUAAAGCAUUCAAAAUACCGUCGUCAAAUGUCAUUACAUUAGGCAAAAAGAAAAGAAAAUAUAUAAAUAAAAAUAUUGUCACAGUGUCUACGAUAGCAAAAAUAACGGUUGAAACGUCUUCAAAGAAAACAACAACAAACAAAAAAGUAAAAAAUAAAAAACAAAGCAUUUAAGAUUGAAGUUAUGGUAGAAAGCCAGAAAAAGUGUGUGUAAUAAAAAAAAGUGAAAGAGUUUAAUGAAAAAAUGUUUUUGUGAUUAAUUAAAAAAAAAAUAAAUAAAUAUGUAAAAGGUUUUUAAACCAAAAUUCAAUAACAAAAUAAGUUUAUGUUUAAAUUUAUAAACAACAAAAAUUCCUAUAAGAAAUUAUUCGUUUUUAUGUCACUUGGAAUAUUUGUAUAACCAGCGGAUACGAAAAAGGAUACUCAAAUCUCUAAAGCUUCAAAUUUAAUUAUGUUAUAAAGUGAUAAAUUGAUAAAUUUUUGGGAAAAAGCAAGUGUAAAAGUGAUACAAUAAUCGCCUCCACUCAAAAACAACAACAACAAAGAUAAAGUUUGAAAAAUCGAAAAGAAAGAAAAUCUUAACACAAAAUUAUUGGAAUAUAUUCAACGAUUUGUCGUCAGUGUCAUUGCCGGCGUCGUUAUCGCUUCGAAUCGUCGUCGUCGUUGCCAUCAGUCAGCAUCAUACAAGACAACAUCCUGCCGCCGCACUGCCAAAUAAGCAUCGUUGGAACCAAACCUCGUGAUAUCCCAAAAGACGCACAUGGGCGUCUGUACCGAAGAGCGCCCUGUGAUGCAUUGGCAGCAGAGCGCAAGAUUUCUUGGGCCAGGUGCAAGGGAAAAAAGUCCAACACCACCUGUAGCACAUCAAGGAAACGCUGCACAUUGCGGCAGUGCUGCAGGUGCAAAUAACAGUAGUAAUAAUAACAACAACAAUAACAACAACAACAAUAGCAGUAGUAAUCAUAGCAAUCAAUUCAUCUUUCGAUCAUCCUGCUCAACAUGUCCCGAUAUAUGCGAACACAGUACAAAGCCCUUUAGUGCAGCGGCGGCAGCCUAUUCAGUUGCAUUUAGAAGCUAUGAAACGGCCGAACAAGCGACAUUCGAUGAAUCUUCCAUCAAAUAUGCCAUUAGUCGUGGCCAAACCGAUUGUCCGGAUGAUCUCAACGAUGAGACAAACUCAGGCAUAUCCUUCAAAACAGAACCCUAUGGACCGCCCAGUAGUCCGGAAUCAGCGACUGAAACAAAACCAAAUUGCAGUCCACCCUGUGCAGGGUGUGGGCGUCUAAUACAGGAUCGUUUCUACCUCUCUGCUGUGGACAAACGGUGGCAUGCCAGUUGCCUGCAAUGCUAUGCAUGUCGACAGCCCCUCGACCGGGAAUCUUCAUGUUAUUCGCGCGACGGUAAUAUUUACUGCAAAAGCGAUUAUUAUAGUGUAUUUGGAACUAGGCGCUGCUCACGUUGUCUGGCCUCUAUCGGUGCUGCAGAAUUGGUGAUGAGGGCGCGAAAUUUAGUAUUUCAUGUGACCUGUUUUUGCUGUGUCGUCUGCCAGAGUCCUCUGACAAAAGGUGAUCAAUAUGGAAUAAUAGAUGCCCUCAUCUAUUGUAGAACUCACUAUACUAUGGCCCGCGAAGGUGAUACCGCCUCAACCAGUUUGGGCUCUGCUGUGGUGCCGGGUGUUGGCGGUGCCAGUUCAUAUCCAUAUACAAGUCAAUUUGGUUCACCACCGAAUGAUUCGUCGAGUCCCCACUCGGAUCCCACACGUAUUGUUCCUAGUAGUAUAUUUGCAUCUGCCUCUCAUGUUAUGACCGGUCUUCCACAACCACCAAGGCAAAAGGGUCGACCACGUAAACGUAAGCCCAAAGAUCUCGAAGCCCUUACUGCCAACAUAGAUUUAAACACUGAAUAUCUAGAUUUUGGCCGAGGUUCGCAUAUGAGUGCCUCAUCGCGAACAAAACGCAUGCGCACCUCAUUUAAGCAUCAUCAAUUGCGAACUAUGAAAUCAUAUUUUGCCAUAAAUCAUAAUCCCGAUGCAAAAGAUCUAAAACAAUUGUCACAAAAAACAGGUUUACCAAAGAGAGUAUUACAGGUGUGGUUCCAAAAUGCCCGCGCCAAAUGGCGUCGCAUGAUGAUGAAACAAGAUGGCUCUGGCAUGCUGGAGAAAGGCGAUGGUACCUUAGAUUUGGAUAGCAUAUCAGUCCAUAGUCCCACCUCAUUUAUGAUGGGCGGUGGUCAGAGUCCACCACCGCAUGGCAUGGAUUAGUAUACGUAGUAGUCCUUACUGUUACAAGGAUUCUAUCACAGUUCACCUAAUAUCAACCUCUGCUUCAGCAACACCAACAAGAUCAACAGCAACAACAACAA